CGUCAGUUAAGGUCGUACAAAAUUCCUACAAAAAAAAAGUACAAAAAAAUCUAAAGAAAUGGAUUUCGGCAGUACAAUCAACCAGGAAGAUCGUAUUCCAUUCAUUGACCGUUUGGAGGAGUGGACCAGAUCCGGUGAAACAAAGUCCGGUGAAAUGGGUCGCAUAUUGGCCAUUCUCUUGACCAUGGUAAUAAUCUGCUAUGCCAUCGUCGUCUUGGCUCGCAUUUUGGUGACCCUGACAUUGCCCAUCUUGGUUAUUGCGACCCUUUUAUUGGCUUACCGCUUUGUCAGCCUUACGGAAUUGGAAGAUGGUCUGAAAGAGGUGCCCGAUUUGCUAACUUCGUUUACGAACUUUGUAGCUAACAUACUUUUGUAAGGCGACUUUACAAUAGAAUGCCUUGGCGCACGUGGUGUUCGUAAAAUAUGUUGAAGAAUAUUUGGAAGUUUUAAAUGGCAUGGACGUAUAAGAGGCAAAUAGUGUAAUACGAUCUAUUAAGAAAAAAAAAGAAAGAAUAAAUUUUAAAAUGUGUACAAUUUUCCUAUUAAAAUCGUAAUAAAAUAUUUGUA